UGGACCAUGAGCUAUGAGUCUACCGUCUGGAACAUCCAACCAGAAAAUGCCACUGAUGUACCAUUGGAGACGGAGGGGCAGCAAGAUGGCUACGUGCUUCUCCUGGUGAUCCUGUCCAUUUUUCUAGUGGGGACGUUGAUAUUCGUCUCCAUUGUCCUUAUCACUUGCCGCCGCUGCUGCCGAGGAGACCAAUGCUGCGACAGUGGUAGCGAUGAUGCUGAGAAAACCAACGCUACAUACACAGAGGAGUCUCAGCCCACCCAUGAAAUCACCAUCAGGGUGGAUGAGUCGGACUGCCUUUCAAUGGCCAGCUCCCACGACCAGGAGACAGAGCGGUUCCUCUCCACGGGAACCAUGGGUCGCCGCGUUUCCUUCAAUGAGGCAGCACUGUUCGAUCACGGCAAAAAGGCCCAGGAGAAGGGUCGCAGAUACACUUUAACUGAGGGUGACUUUCACCACCUAAAGAACGCACGGUUAACGCACCUCCACAUUCCGCCCCCGGCGCUCAAGAUAGUCACCAUCCAUGAGUGCGACUCAGCAGAGAACACCAUCUCCAUGACAACGCGCCCUGUCGCCAAGUCGGCACUCUCCAUCUUCCAGCCAAUGCUGUGUCCCCUGCCGCAAACUGCCCUGACGAGCUUGAGCCCCAAUUCCAGCUGUGCUCUCCCUGGAGACACCCUCAACUCAACUGUGGUGGAGGCCAGCUUUAGUGCAAAUACUACUGCUAAGACAAAUGGAGGCUCUAUGGAGAUGAUCGCAGCAGGGCCCCGGGGCCGAGGCUUCAGUGUCAGCAUGGUAGCAGACCCCGUUGCCACUAGCUCAGUCCCUAGUGCAAGUAGUGGUGCAGGAGGCCAAGGUCCAGUGCAGCAGUUCUUCACCAAACUGCGACGCCACGCAAGCCUGGAGGGGGCCAGUCCCUAUUUCAAGAUUAAGAAAUGGAAGCUGGACAGCAGCCAGAGAGCUUCAAGUUUGGACAUGAGAGGUUCACCAAAGAGACGGCAGUUUCAACGUCAGAGGGCCGCCAGUGAGAGUAUGGAUCAGGAGGACAAUGACACACAUCACAUUGACCUCAUUCAGUACAUUGCCCGCACUCAAGACAUUGCCUAUUGUCCUGGACAGCCUGUGCGUUCACCUUCAUCUGCACCACCCCCUUCCCUCGGCAGGGUAGAAGUAGAGGUGAUGGUGGAGCCCUCCUGCAGCCAUACUGAACCAGGGGUGAUUGGCCUGUCCCCUGAUCCCCAAGAAGAAGGGUUUUCCCUGGCGACAAGGGAAAGCUCUGAACCUCUUGCCCUUCAGGAUGCCCAGACACUUUACAGAGACAUUUGGUCAUUACGUGCAUCACUGGAACAAUAUGCUGCCUCUGACCAAAGCAGCAAUAAUGAUAGGAACUCUGUCUGUAGCGACGCUGACAGCGUGUGUACAGAAAAAGAAAGAGAAGAGUUCCCAAGCUGCUCAUCCCAGGAUUUAGGAGAUGACACGGAAGGUACAGAGGAUGAUAAGGAGUUUUUAAUGUACAUAGAUGAGACGUUGAGGGCAAAGGGUGUACGAAAUAGGAGACAACAAAGUACUGAAUCUGAGCGAGGUGGGAGUGACAGUGAACCAUCUACUCGUAAAUUAUUACAAAUGGAUAGCGGCUAUGCAUCAAUAGAAGCCCCGUCUCGAGGUCCUGAAGACUUACGGAUGUUUGGAAGCAGCAGCCCGAAGGAAAGAACAGCCCAUGAGAAGAGGCACCACUUCACCAAGGCAGGGCGAUCUGGCACGAUAGGUGAGAGCUUUGAGUCUCACCUCUAUGAGGAAGAGCCAGAUGAUGAGCAAUUGCUUGGUGCCAGUGGAGGAGUUUCCAUUGAAACUGGUGUCAGUCCACAGAGCUGGUUUCCAUACGGUCAAAUGAUCACCCCUCGGGAGGUUUCACAACAUCCCACUCAACCUCUAACCCUUCAUCGGAGAGACUACAGCAUUGAUGAGAAAACUGAUGCACUCUUCCACGAGUUUCUCCGCCAUGACCCUCAGUUUGACCAGCAGGAGUCACCCCUAAGAAAGCACCGGUCGCGUAUACAUCUUCGAAAGCAGUGGCAACGGCAUAAGCAGUGGAGCGACCCUGGUGUCAGACACUUCCAUUCCUCUUUUGAGAGACAACGAACGCCACUGCGGAGGGGUGACAGCGUUAACUGCCCUAUGGAUACGAGCUACCAUAGCAUUCUCCCCCGCAUUGUCAGCGCACCAGACGAGGAGACCAGCGACGGCAGCACGCCUGAAACUCCAAAGACAGAGACUACAACAAGUAAGAUUGCAGGGAAGGAGCAAGAGCAAAGUUCCACCGAAGACCAGACACCAUCACCACAUCUUCGACCACCCAUCUCUGAGAAAGACGAAGGGCACAUUGAACAUCAGGAGCCCCAAGAGGACAGCAAACGACCCGGACACCUUCUUGAACCCUUGGACGAACGGUCGCCGCUGCAGCCACCCGCUUCCUCAGGCUACGGCCCACAAACCAUCACAGCAGAACUCACGGACAAACUGACCUCUAACAUAGACGAAAGGCUAUACACGAGCCUUCGAAGGACCAAGGACACAGCAACUGAGUGUUUGACGGUGACGGCUACCCAUGCUUCUCCAGAUCACAGUCCAGUGUAG